UUUAAAAACGAAGAGAAGACCAAGAAAGAAAUAGAAGGAAUUGGGGGAAUACUUUGGAAGAAUAGAGGAAGAUGGCAAAAGAAAAUGGUGCAAAAGUGAUCAUUCAACAUCUGAUUUGUGUGUAAUCCUGAUUAAUUUAUAUCGUUCAAACAUAACAAAUCCUUCGAUGUACCUAAUCAACGUAUUUAAUUGUUUUUAUUUACAAAAGUCUAUAAUUUCGAUACAAAGGUUCGUAUGACAAAAAAUUUGGCAUUGAUGUUUUUUGUCUAAAUAGGAAUGACAUGUUAAGAUCAAUUGCUCAAAUACGAGGGUGAUUCAAGGUGAAAAAUUUAGUGUCUUGAAAGUGGCUGCAGUGGGUUUUAGAUUGGUCGGUUACGAAGCGUAGGGGAUGGCGUAACCUCGUUUAUAUUUGAACCAUCCUCGUAGUGUUGGGAAUGUUCUUGUUUUGUGAAGGUAUAGUCGUCCAAUAACCGUGUUGGAAAUAUAUUAAAAGAAUAUAAUAAACGAAAUAUAACUUUAAAUUCAAUACUUCUUUGUAAUCUGUUAUAUAUCGGACGGUUCUAGUUGGUUAUAGUUCAACGCUUGGAAAAGUACAGUCAUUGUUUUCUGUCGUAUUUAACGCGCGCCAUCGAUUGAUUUGUGAUUUUUUUUAUACAAAUUUCCAAUGGCAUUUUUCACACCUAUCGUUACAAUAAAUGAAACUCCCCCUCCAGAACCGUCUAAAACGCCGAAAGUGAAAAAGAUAAAGAUAAAAAUUGAAGGUAGUCAAGAAGGCGUCAUUUCAGGCGAAAUAAUAAAACCGAAACGUGGUAGACCUAAGAAGAUUGUCGUCGACGACGAAAAAGAUCCAUCGUGGAUAGAAGAAAAACCUAAAAGAAAAAAUAAAUCACCUCAAUCGGAUUUCGUUAGGAAGAAAUCAACCAGAAGACGAAAAACUGAUAUGAAGGAACCAGUGCGAGAUGUCGUAGCCGAAACAGUUGAAAUAAAAAAGGAACCUAAAGAUGACAGCUCCGAAAACGAAGUAGUAGAUAUUAAAAAAGAAGUUAAAGAAGAGCCCGCUGACUCUGUAGAACUGCCUGUGAUAGUACCGCUUUCCGAAGAGGAAUUCAAUGCUCUCAUGCCUAUGGAAGAAGAGAAAAAAUUCAAAUGUCCUUUAUGUUACAAAGAAAAACAGGACGCCACCGAAAGAUUUCCCAAAGAACUUAAACAGCAUUACAAAGAACGUCAUCCUGGUAAGAGACUUCGUCAAAGUAGAUUUUCCAACGAAGUGCAUCCGUGUGAUAUAUGCGGUAAGGAAUUCCGCACCCAUAGCGCCGUUAAAGACCACAUCGAAACCCACAACAAUUACUUCUAUUGCGAAAUAUGCAACGCUUCCCAGAAGAAAAUUUUAGAUCACAUAAUCCAUUUAAGGAUUCAUUCCGAAGAAGAAAUGUUCAAUUGUCUAAUGUGCGACUAUCGCACGCCGGAAAUCAAUCAAAUAACAGAACAUAUUAACAACCACGAUGAUACUCUCAAGUACUGGUGCGACGCUUGCAAGAAAGGCUUCCAGAUUCUUCCUUGGUUCCAAGAACACGAUAACUAUCACACCGGUUUGAAACCGUUCGAUUGUGAAUUUUGCGGAAAAUGUUUCCUGUAUUCAAGGUACUUACACGCUCACAAGAUCAAUCUUCACAAAGACGAUAUGAACUGUCCUAGUUUGCACGAAUGCGUCAUCUGCAAAAAACAAUACCAACACAAGAACAGUCUCAAGUUACACAUGAAUUCCCACACCGGUAAUUUUUCAAUAUGCGAUAUUUGCGGCAAAAUGCUUUCCAGCAAAGAGAAACUCAAAUUCCACAUUCGUAUCCAUACUGGUUACAAGCCAUACAGUUGUUCGUAUUGUGAUAAAUCGUUUACGAAAAAACCGAUACUCGUCGAGCAUACUCGCAUUCAUACCGGCGAGCGACCGUAUAUUUGCGAUUAUUGCACCAAAGCGUUUUCGCAAAGAUCUAGUUUAGUAAUACAUAUGCGCGGACAUACUGGCGAACGACCGUACGCUUGCCAAUUUUGUACCAAGGCUUUUGUCGCCAAGGCUAUGUUAAACAUACAUUUGAAGUCGUGUAAAGGUUUGAUAGUUAGGCAUGAUGAUUAUUAGAUCAUUUUAUGGCUGAACAGAACUUUUUUUUCUCUUUUUAUAUAUGUGUUAGCAGUAUUUUGUGAUUGUUUCAUCUUGUAAAUAAUAAACAUUCCCGUUUAGUUGAAUAUUAGUUGUGGUGAAAAGGAAAAGGAAAAUAAUUUCUUUAGAAAUCUCGAAGAAUCGAAAUAGCUGUCGGUAUGACAGGUGAGUUUUUGAUUGAAAUUUCUUAACUAAAAUAAUGUAUUUGGUGUAAAAAUAUGAUGAAAUGUUUCGGUUCAUCGUUAUUUGGUAUAAAUAGCCAUUCAUUCCGAAAUCGCAUUCGUAUAAAAAUAAAAAUUAAUAGGAAAAUUAAAACUAAAUGGGAAAAGUCCUCCCUAUGUGUCUCGUUUCUGCCAAAAUAUUGAUUUAAGAUGAUAUUUCCAAAUAUUUUUUUAUCCCCUUCCCGGUAAAUUUUGACGACUUAUAACCUAGGAGUUUUUUGAUUAUACAAAACCUUGCAUUUACGAGGUCUGGCUAUUAAAUAACGAGGUUGGUUACGAAAAGGGUUUUAUUAUAAAAAAUAUUCCACAUUCAAAUGCUUCCCUUCAAUAUAUUCCCCUCCUCUCACCACACACCUUUCCAUACGUUUUUUCCAUUAAUCGAAGCAGUGCUGGAAGUCUUCUUUGGUGAGGGCCAUUUUUUGCUUUACCGCUUCCAUUGACUCAACCGUGGUCCCUUUCAAAACAGAUCUUUUUCUAACCUUUCGAGGAAAUCUGAGCAGACUCGUUGAUGCAAAAGCUUUUUGUCAUAUGUAAUUCCUCGUGUAAAAUUUUUCUAACCGUUUCAUUAUCGGCGUUUACAGCAUGAGUAAUCAUCCGGAUGCUCAUUCGACGAUCUGCACGCAUAAGUUGGUAGAUUUCGGUCACUGUUUCCGGAGUUGAAACGGUCACAGGGCGACCUGGACGCUGGUCAUCUUCAGAGCACUCACAACACCGCUCAAAAACACGCGCACGAGAUAGAGAAUUGUCCCCAUAGGUCUCUUGCAAUAAUUUAUAGCAUUCAGUCGGAGUUUUUUUCAAUUUAACGAGAAAUUUGAUAUUGAUACGUUGCUCCUGUUUUUCGUCACACAUGGUUUUCGCCCGUCUGGGGCGCCCUAUAGGCGCGCAGUCUCCUUAUUUAAUAGCCUAAUCUGAAUAUAAGUUUUAUCAAAAAAAUUGGUCUGGCGGAAAUGGUUGGUCUUACAUUAUGUGCGGCGAUUUAUUGAAAAACUUUUUACCAAAUAUAGGCAUAAUGGACUUAUUUUUGAUUUAUUUAAUUUUAAGUCACAACUUACAAAUAUUAUGAAGCUGGAUUUGUGCAUGAUGUGUUUGCUAAGAAAAUGAAAAACAACUUACCUGUUACAAAGGGAAUUGCACAAAUUCUCGCAUUAUUUAAAAAGUGAUCGCUUAAAAUUUCAUCCCUCUUCAACGGCCGUAUCCAACAUUCACGUCGUUCUUUGGCUAAUGUCAUAAUUUGUUCUCCUUUUUUUGAACUUUUGGGAAUCUUAAAAAAACGAACUUGGUCUCUGCUAGCAACCCACGAUUGCACAAAACCCCGGUAUUUUUACAUAAAUCCACUUCAUAUGAAAUAAUAUAUUUCUUACCAAAAGUUUUGUAAUCUCAAGGUUACUUUUCAACAUAAAUCUCCAAAAAGACAAGUUUUCCAAUGUCCACUUCCAAUAAACUUGCCGCCAAUUCAUUCAAAUGUGGAUUGACGUUGUCUUUAGUCUUUAUUGGUUUGGAAACGAUGUCCCUUCUAGUCAAGUUUUUAGUUCUGGAAAAAGGUGCUACGUCAAAAGGAGCUGUUUGUUUUCAUCUGCAGUGCGUGGACGAGCGUUGUUAUAGAUUAGCUCUCUUUCAGAGAUCGUCAUUCCGGAACAGUCGUUUCACAAUGACCAAUUCACUUGGUGGGGGAAAUAAUAACGGCAGCCAUGUUUACAUAGCGGUAGUACAACGCAUAUUAACACUUGUUGGCAAUAGCGCAGUGUGUAGUAUAAGAGAUGCUUAGUCGCUAUUUGCUAUUCAGAGCGAUCUAAGGUUGAAAAAAAAAACGACAUGCGUAUAUCUAGGAAUGAAUUAAUAAAGAAUGUUUCAAUAAAUCCAACGCCAUCUAUAGAUCGAAAAGCGCAAACAUCACUUCUCAAUAACCAACCAUUUCUAUAUAUAUUAUUAUUUUUUGUAUGUUCCUUAUUUAUUGUUCCUGUUAUUUAUAAUUUGUAAUGGCCGCACAUAUGCAACACUAAAUCAUUUUCAUUUUACUAUCAUAUAUAAUAUAAUCACCUUUGUGUCUUGGACAUUCAACAUCUGGUGCGGUACUCCUGUCUUUAAGUGUUACAUCGUACCUAUAUCAGUGGCCCGAUGAUCAUCAUUAGCUGAUUUCUUUCGGGUUGUACAAGACUGUCUCUCAUUACCUUGGAUGAUCCUCUGCAGAGUGUUUUGGUGUAUCGCAUGUCAGUGGUUAUCAGUUGUCUAGUCAGAAAGCUGACUUCAGCUCUUCUCUAAUGAACUCUUCAGGUAUGAAAAUUACCCUUUUAUUUCCCCGAUCUCCAAGCAUUCAAUACGGUUCUGUACCAUCUCCAGUUGAUAACCAAUGCUUUGAAACACUCGAAAGCUUGUCGGCUGUUCGCAUCAGAUAUAAUUGUGCUUGUCCCCUGCUUGAAAGAUUGUGGAUUAUAGUAUCCACUGUUCCUUCUGCCCCCAGUAGUUAUAUUAUUAAACACGAUGCGUUUCGAUUCUUACAACUACUUGUAGUGUAUGUUGCAUUGAUUAAUUGUCAAGAAAUUUUACCACGGAGGAGCUUUGAUUUGAUAACUUCUUUAAUUUAAGAUAAAACUGGACAAAUAAUUUCAAGCUCUCCAAUUUCUCGCAAUGUAAUACAUCAACUAUCCACAGUUGUGUUCACACGUUUAUACGAAAAUGAAAAUUUAAUUAUAAUUAAAAGGUGUGAUGAUGAACCCAUGACUGAAAGCAUCAUUGCAACAUGCCAUACUAAAAUUUAGUUUGUAAUAUGUGAUUGAGAAGUAGCUCGUUGGAAUAAAUCUUUACACUUGUUCUAUGGGAUUGAUCUUUGAGGACUGUGCUGGCUUUAGCAUAACAUCAAUUGAAUCAAUUGCGAGUCCAGAAGUAUCUGGAAGAUCAUCAACGUUAGCACCUACAGCUGUUGCUUAUGGAAUGACGAUUGUUUGAACCAUAGUUGUCCACUUGGUGAACCUCUUGAAGUGUAAUUUGAUGAGUACCUUCUAAAUUUAAUUGCAUAAAACGGUUUUUAUCUCGGGGUAUGAUUCAUACGUCUUUUCGUUACGUAAACGUGAAGUAACGCGAGUCGUAUGCCUUCUUGUCCCUACGUAUACUUUGGAUGUUUGUAUUUUUAAAAUCUUGUAACAAGAAUGUCUAUUUUGACGUGAUUUAGUGUUGUUAAAUGCCAUCUCGAAGUAUUUAUUGUUUAUUAUUUAUUAUCGAGUAUCGAAGCUGAAGAAAUAAAUUCUUAAUAACGUAGAUAAGUAGAAAAGAAACGCAUUUUCUAUUCUGCUUUGAUAUUUGUAAAUCUCAGUACCUAAGAGUGUAAUAUACUUAAUCAAAAUAUUUAUUGAUGUUGUAAAUCAAAUUGUAUUAGAAAAAGUGUAAUUCAAUGUGCGAAAAUUAUUCGUGUGGACGUAGAUAUUUAUUUAUUUACCAAAUAUUGAUUUCUAUAAUUUGUAUAUAUAAUGAUAACUGGUUAGGUAAAUGUUUACGUGUUAAAAAAAUUGAAUUGUAAUCUCUUCUUACCAAAGGAAUUCGCUUAUAUAGCUAUUACUUUUAGAAACAUAUUUUACACAUUAAACAUUCCAAUUAUGCUAUUCCGUUUCCAUUGUUUCACAUCCCGAGUUUACAGUACAUCUGUUGCCGAAGAAAUUUCAGCUGUUGCUGACCAUAUAUAAUAUGCUAUUUUCAAAAAAAUAAAUAGAUUUUUAUCAGCUCUAAUUUCCGAGUUUCAGAGUUGCAUGCAGCUAUGUAGGUAUAAAACAGAAAAAACUUGAUUAUCGAGUUCUGAAAUAUUUGACGUAUCAGAGACCCAGAAACUCUGGUAGCGAUUUUCCAUGAGGCUUUAUUAAUACCUCAUAAAUUCUCCUCAUAGAGGAAGUGGAGCUUUGCAGAAAAGAAAGCUGUUCAAUUAUAGAUUUGAGUAUCUAAAUUGAGUAUCUUUCGUAAGUUAUUUAAUUUGGAGACUAUCAAAAAUACUGGAUUCAAUCUUUUCCGGGAUUUCCAGGAAAUUUUUGGCAAAUAUAAGAAAAGCGGUUUUAUGAUGCCUGAUUUUAUAUGUACUGGUGGAAGGAUAAUUUUGUCACGAGCCACCCUUGAAUCCUGCACUGAAGUUUUCUUUCCAGGCUCAAUAUUUUUUUUAAGGGCCAAGUUCUGGUCACCCAAUGCUCUUGUCUAGCUCUACUAUCCCAAAGACGUUCAUUUUUAUCAAAAAGUUUUUGAUAUCAUAAUUCUUCAAUCUCCCGCGUUAAAAAUUCAUUUGAAUGUCUUUCAGUCGUGAUGCUAAUAAUUCUAAACCUCGUUUACAAUACAAGACUAUCUAAUUUAUUUUUGGUGGAUCAUUUUGGUCAAUUCAGAUACCUCCAAAAUCAGUAUCAUUUUGUUCUAAGGGUUCGGAUAUAUUUUUAGGCUCUAAAAAAUCAUGUGAGCGCUGCAGUAUCCAUUUGACACAACUAGUACUUGGAUAUUUCCAUUUAGCUAGAUUUUUAUUGUUUAAACCGAGAUCAUUUCGUUGUCCUCGCCAAAUUGGAAUGCACUUCUUUAACCACUUUUCCAUAAUCUUUAAUAAUAUUCCACAUACGACUUAGAAACACAAUUGGGAGUCCAUUUUCCACAAACAGAAAAAUAAUGAAAUCAACAACAGAAUAACUGGAGCUGUUUUUAAAAUAGUUGAAGGUCGGUUUCAACAACAAUAUUCGCGGCAACAGAUUAAAAAGUAAAUUUUGUAAACUAGUAUUAACCCGACUAGAAUUUUGGGAGGGGUUCAGCUAGGGCCCUCACGAGGCUAGCCACACUGCCUCGUGGGGACCUCAUGAUGCUGCCUCAUAGGGCGCACAAAGGGUAUAUAACGCCUUGCCUCAUUCGUGCAUCAUUAUGUAUACCGCAUGUGGACCUCAUAAGGAAAAUUAACUGUUACCCUAUUUGAAAAUUUUCAGGGAAAUUAACCGAAUUUCAUUGGCAACAUUAAAAAUAAUGUAUUUUAAAAUAUAUAUAGAUAUAUCAAUUACAAACAAUACAUUCAUAGUCAUUACAAUCUUAAAAUACAAUAAGUAAUAAAGAACUAUUUUUUAAAUCAAACUUUCAGAAUACAAUAUAAUGCACGGGAUAAACUACAUAAUGUAUAUUUUACUUUAUAUAAAAAAGUUACGCAAUUAAGAAUACUAAUCUGAAAUACUAGUCUAAAUGCUCAUUGUCUAUUUCACUAUUAGCUUCAGCAGGUUUCUUGGAACGAGCAGUUCGUCCACCGUCCCAGUCUUUACAAUUAUGUAGAGCUGAAGCCAUAGCAUCAAGAAUAUUUUGGUCUGGGACAUCUUCGCCUGGUUUCGAAAAAACUUUUCUGAGCGUCGCUAAAAAGAAAACAUUAAUUUAGGACAAUUAUAAAUAUUAAAUACAAUAUUUAUUAA